GUCAGGACGUCAGUUCGAGGCGCCAGGCGGCUCCCUUGCCGAAUGCGGGCCCUGGCCCUCGCGCUCGAAGCGGUUGAGCGCUCGCCGGUCAGCCAGGCACCCAGAGGGUGGGGCCUCCCUCCGUCCGCGGCCCAGCGGUCUGGGGCGGUCUAGGGAGGCCGCAGGGACACCGCACAUACGCCCCCGCCGCGCGUCCUGACGCGCUACGUCCCGGCGCCCCCGCUUCGCGUCAUGACUUCCGGGCGUGGAGGCCGCCAUCUUGCUCGCGCGGAAGCGGCGCGGCUGGGUGGGAGUUCUGAAGCGGGAGUCGCAGAUUGUGCGGCUGCCGCCAUGCCGUCGUCGCCACUGCGGGUGGCGGUGGUGUGCUCGAGCAACCAGAACCGGAGCAUGGAGGCGCACAACAUCCUCAGCAAACGAGGAUUCAGCGUCCGGUCCUUCGGAACAGGAACUCAUGUGAAGCUUCCAGGACCAGCACCUGACAAACCAAACGUUUAUGAUUUCAAAACCACAUAUGACCAGAUGUACAACGAUCUCCUUAGGAAAGACAAAGAACUCUAUACGCAGAACGGCAUUUUACACAUGCUGGACAGAAAUAAGAGGAUCAAGCCCCGGCCAGAAAGGUUCCAGAACUGCAAAGACCUGUUUGACCUGAUCCUCACCUGUGAAGAGCGAGUGUACGACCAGGUGGUAGAAGAUCUGAAUUCCAGGGAGCAGGAGACCUGCCAGCCCGUGCACGUGAUCAACGUGGACAUCCAAGACAACCACGAGGAGGCCACGCUGGGGGCAUUCCUCAUCUGUGAGCUCUGCCAGUGUAUCCAGCACACAGAGGACAUGGAGAAUGAGAUCGACGAGCUGCUGCAGGAGUUCGAGGAGAAGAGCGGCAGGACCUUCCUGCACACUGUCUGCUUCUACUGAGCCCGCCUGGCGCCCGGGCGCCACCCGCUUGAAGCCAUCUUUUUGAACUUCCUUUUGUUAAUACUUUUUCCUCCCUGAUAUUUGUUUUUACCUUUAGGUAUUCUGCCGGUGGACGGUAGCAGUACCCAAUAAACUGUACAUAUGAAAUGAGAAGAUACAUACAUGCCAGAUCACAAACAAUCAAGUUUUUCCCAUCCCACUUUCAUGUAGGAGUGGGAUCUUGAUUAUAGUUUUUCUUUAACUGAAAAAAAAACGGUUGAUAGCACAUGUCCCCCAAGACAUCCGCUUCUCACUGAGCAUCCCUUUCCUGGCUACCCUAACUGGCUGGAAUGUACAAAUCCCUGAAUAAAGCAACAGGCUGUACUUUUUGGGAAAGAACCUGCCAUUGUCCAAUAAAUAGAUGUUGAUGGUCA